GUGUUGUGAACACACAACAUGCGGUUCACACGAUUGGUGGCGACUCAAACAUGCACUUUUCAAUCCAGUUUAAUUAUGGUAUUACAAGAAACGUGCGUUAUACCACUAUCACAAUAUUGCUAACAAAAAGUUCCUCCGUGAGUUCUUCAAGUGGUCUCCAUGAAAUGGCAAAACACAUUUCGCAAUAUAUGAAGUCUCAGACGCAACAAUGUCCCCACAAUCAAGCAAUGUGUGAAACAAGUGAGGUCGUCGUUAUCAUCCGGGACGUGAAGAGGCACGCGCGCGGGCUUCAACAUGAAGGCAUGAUGAAAGCUGACCUUGGCUCUCUGAAAGACAAAUGGCGCCCUUACUGUCUCUCCACAAACAAGCUUCGCUUGACACCCAUCAGUGCUUAGACGGUGCUUGGGAAGGUAGGACGUAGCGCUCCUUCAUCAUGCGGUCCAGGACUCUUCUACUGCUCCUUUAUGCGCUUGCGCGUCUGACUGGCCUCUGCGAAGCUGACCGCACUGACCCAAAGUGUGAAGAGAUUAAAUGCCCCGAGUCGUGCACAGUUGUGAUGGGAGACCGCGGAUGUCCUCUAUGUAAAUGUCCAGAAAAACUGUGUCCUGAGCUCGUCGACUGUGAUUCUCCCUGCACGGUCGAGUACGAUGAAGAUGGGUGUAAACAAUGCAACUGCACUUCCAAGUGUCCGUCUAUGGAGACGUGUAACGACACAUGCGUCAUCAGGAGAGUACCUGGAGGUUGUGACGAGUGCCAGUGUCCCCCGUGCAUGGAAACGGAAAUAGAAUGUCAAUUCCCGUGUUUCUCAAGGAAGGACGAAGCCGACUGUUAUAUAUGUGACUGCCCGUUUCCCUGUCAACGACUGAACUGUGUACCUCCGUGUUCCUUUAAGUCCCUGAGUGGUAUAUGCGAUAUCUGUGAAUGCCCCGAGUGUCCCGUGGUAGAAAAAUGUGAAUUUCCAUGUGAGUUAAAGAAGGAUGACUCCGGAUGUGAAGUCUGCCAGUGCUCGUGUCCGGUGAUAGACUGUGAACCGCCCUGCAAGCUGGAGCCCGGCGAUGAUGGAUGUAAUGUCUGUAACUGUUGUGUGCAAGUAGAGUGUAAUCACCCUUGUGAAAUUAUGAUAGGACCCAACGGUUGUGAGAAGUGCGUGUGCUCGGAGUGUCCCCCCGUUCAUUGUGAGGCUGGCUGUACCCGACUCCUGGACGCCGACGGCUGCUUCUUCUGUGAAUGUCCGCAAUAUUGCCCGGUGAUGCUCUCGUGUGAAGCACCGUGUUGCGUUACAAAAGAUGAAUUCGACUGCGAUGUGUGUGACUGCCCUCAUUGUAAACCUUUAGACCACUGUCCAUCAUUAUGUCGAAUUGAAUCAGGCAUGGACGGCUGUGACGUGUGCGUAUGCCCACAGUGCAUGCCCCUGACGAACUGCCCGCCAGCCUGCCCUCUGGUGAAGGACUGCUAUGGGUGCGCCGUGUGCGAGUGCCCACCGUGCGUCCGUGUAACUGAUUGCCCUGCUGGGUGUUGUCUCAAAAAAGAUAUGUACGGAUGUGACUAUUGCGACUGUCCUGAAUCUCUACCUGAGCCGGAACGAGUGUGUGAACUUAUACUCGAGUGCCUAGAGCCUUGCUCUCUUAUCCAGAGUUAUGGCUCAUGUGACUUCUGUUACUGUCCAACGUGCCCCGCAUUUGACGCGUGUCCAGAAUAUUGCAAUAUACUUAUGAACCAAGAUGGCUGCGAAGUGUGUGAUUGUCCUAUUUGCAAACCAUUGGUUUACUGUCCUCCAGAAUGUUUAGUGAUUCCAGACGAGAACCAAUGUAAUAUAUGUGACUGUCCUAAUUGUGAGUCACCUCUUAAUUGUCCACCAGAAUGUGGAAUUGUUAACGGCACGAAUGGUUGCGAUGUCUGUGACUGUAAUGUUUGCCUGCCAGUCAUUGACUGUCCUCCUGGGUGUGGGAUAGUUGCAGGGAUCGAUGGUUGUGAUUUCUGUGACUGUAAUGUUUGUCUGCCAGUCAUUGACUGUCCUCCUGGGUGUGGGAUAGUUGCAGGGAUCAAUGGUUGUGAUGUCUGUGACUGUAAUGUCUGCCUGCCAGUCACUGACUGUCCUCCAGAGUGUGGGAUAGUUGAAGGGAUCGAUGGUUGUGAUUUCUGUGACUGUAAUGUUUGCCAGCCAGUCACUGACUGUCCCCCAGAGUGUGGGAUAGUUGAAGGGAUCGAUGGUUGUGAUGUCUGUGACUGUAAUGUCUGCCUGCCAGUUACUGACUGUCCCCCAGAGUGUGGGAUAGUUGAAGGGAUCGAUGGUUGUGAUUUCUGUGACUGUAAUGUCUGCGUGCCAGUCAUUGACUGUCCCCCAGAGUGUGGGAUAGUUGAAGGGAUCGAUGGUUGUGAUUUCUGUGACUGUAAUGUUUGCCAGCCAGUCACUGACUGUCCCCCAGAGUGUGGGAUAGUUGAAGGGAUCGAUGGUUGUGAUGUCUGUGACUGUAAUGUUUGUCUGCCAGUCAUUGACUGUCCCCCAGAGUGUGGGAUAGUUGAAGGGAUCGAUGGUUGUGAUUUCUGUGACUGUAAUGUUUGCCAGCCAGUCAUUGACUGUCCUCCAGAGUGUGGGAUAGUUGAAGGGAUCGAUGGUUGUGAUGUCUGUGACUGUAAUGUCUGCCUGCCAGUUACUGACUGUCCCCCAGAGUGUGGGAUAGUUGAAGGGAUCGAUGGUUGUGAUUUCUGUGACUGUAAUGUCUGCGUGCCAGUCACUGACUGUCCUCCAGGGUGUGGGAUAGUUGAAGGGGUCGAUGGUUGUGAUGUCUGUGACUGUAAUGUCUGCCUGCCAGUCACUGACUGUCCCCCAGAGUGUGGGAUAGUUGAAGGGAUCGAUGGUUGUGAUUUCUGUGACUGUAAUGUUUGCCUGCCAGUCACUGACUGUCCUCCAGGGUGUGGGAUUGUUGAAGGGAUCGAUGGUUGUGAUGUCUGUGAUUGUAAUGUCUGCCUGCCAGUCACUGACUGUCCCCCAGGGUGUGGGAUAGUUGCAGGGAUCAAUGGUUGUGAUAUCUGUGACUGUAAUGUCUGCCUGCCAGUCACUGACUGUCCCCCAGAGUGUGGGAUAGUUGAAGGGAUCGAUGGUUGUGAUUUCUGUGACUGUAAUGUUUGCCUGCCAGUCACUGACUGUCCCCCAGGGUGUGGGAUAGUUGCAGGGAUCAAUGGUUGUGAUAUCUGUGACUGUAAUGUCUGCCUGCCAGUCACUGACUGUCCUCCAGAGUGUGGGAUAGUUGAAGGGAUCGAUGGUUGUGAUUUCUGUGACUGUAAUGUCUGCCUGCCAGUCACUGACUGUCCUCCAGGGUGUGGGAUAGUUGAAGGGGUCGAUGGUUGUGAUGUCUGUGACUGUAAUGUCUGCCUGCCAGUCACUGACUGUCCCCCAGAGUGUGGGAUAGUUGAAGGGAUCGAUGGUUGUGAUUUCUGUGACUGUAAUGUCUGCGUGCCAGUCACUGACUGUCCUCCAGGGUGUGGGAUAGUUGAAGGGGUCGAUGGUUGUGAUGUCUGUGACUGUAAUGUCUGCCUGCCAGUCACUGACUGUCCCCCAGAGUGUGGGAUAGUUGAAGGGAUCGAUGGUUGUGAUUUCUGUGACUGUAAUGUCUGCGUGCCAGUCACUGACUGUCCUCCAGGGUGUGGGAUAGUUGAAGGGGUCGAUGGUUGUGAUGUCUGUGACUGUAAUGUCUGCGUGCCAGUCACUGACUGUCCCCCAGGGUGUGGGAUAGUUGAAGGGAUCGAUGGUUGUGAUUUCUGUGACUGUAAUGUUUGCCUGCCAGUCACUGACUGUCCUCCAGGGUGUGGGAUAGUUGAAGGGGACGAUGGUUGUGAUGUCUGUGACUGUAAUGUCUGCCUGCCAGUCACUGACUGUCCCCCAGGGUGUGGGAUAGUUGCAGGGAUCAAUGGUUGUGAUGUCUGUGACUGUAAUGUCUGCGUGCCAGUCAUUGACUGUCCUCCAGGGUGUGGGAUAGUUGAAGGGAUCGAUGGUUGUGAUGUCUGUGACUGUAAUGUCUGCCUGCCAGUCACUGACUGUCCCCCAGAGUGUGGGAUAGUUGAAGGGAUCGAUGGUUGUGAUUUCUGUGACUGUAAUGUUUGCCAGCCAGUCAUUGACUGUCCUCCAGAGUGUGGGAUAGUUGCAGGGAUCAAUGGUUGUGAAGUCUGUGACUGUAAUGUCUGCCUGCCAGUCACUGACUGUCCUCCAGAGUGUGGGAUAGUUGAAGGGAUCGAUGGUUGUGAUUUCUGUGACUGUAAUGUUUGCCAGCCAGUCAUUGACUGUCCUCCAGAGUGUGGGAUAGUUGCAGGGAUCAAUGGUUGUGAAGUCUGUGACUGUAAUGUUUGCCUGCCAGUCACUGACUGUCCUCCAGAGUGUGGGAUAGUUGCAGGGAUCAAUGGUUGUGAUGUCUGUGAUUGCGACAUUUGUACUCCUGUGGAUAACUGCCCAACACACUGUCAUAUUAUUAAGGAUGAGAAUAGGUGUGACUUUUGUAACUGUCCCAAGUGUAGGCAGAUACUUAAAUGUCCAAAUAACUGUCUGUUACGGAAAGAUAAACAGAACUGUGACACUUGUUUUUGUCCAAGAUGUCCCAAAGUUGUUAAUUGCUCCGAUUCUUGUUUUAUCACCAAAGACAACAAAGACUGUGAAAUAUGCCUGUGUCCCCGAGAAGACGAAUAGUUACAAGGUGUACUUAACGUGAAAACAAAUAUAAACUGUGCAAACUUGGGGUUUACGCUAGAGACUUGUCUGUGUGUCAUAAAAAUCCACUAUCCGAAAAAUACAAAUACGAAUAAACGUAAUAUUUGAGUGUUUCAUCUCCUGUGUUCUUCAGAUCUAUGGGUAUUUUAUCCCAGACCAGUGCAUCAUUGUUCUGUCUGUCUGUCUCUGUCUCUCUCUCUCUCUCUCUCUCUCUCUCUCUCUCUCUCUCUCUCUCUCUCUCUCUCUCUCUCUCUCUCUCUCUCUCUCUCUCUCUCUCUCUCUGUGAAAAAUGCAUAUGAUAAAAUUUAACGUAAAGAAAAUAGUUACAUAUUAGACAAAACAAAAUAUAUAAUUUUGUUUUCUGGCCAUGUUACUUAUAUAACAUAAGCACAAUGAAUAAAACAAUAUUUAAUUCAUACAAUUGGUUGCAUACACAAAUGCUUCUGUAUAAAAAAAGAGGGGAUGAGUCACACACUAUACGUUAAAUAACCAUUAAAAUUAUAUAUUACACUAUACA